AUGGAUUCGCCCUACUGCCCCUCGCAUGCGCCCUUCUUCGGCUUCGUCGGCGCCGCCCUCGCGCUGAUCUUCGGGAACAUGGGGGCUGCGUACGGGACGUGGAAGUCGGCCGUGCAAACCGAGAUGGUGAUGAAGUCCAUCAUGCCCGUCAUCCUCUCUGGUGUCUGCGGCAUCUUUGGCCUCAUCAUCGCGGUGAUCAUCGCCACCAACAUCACCACGCCAAAGGACGGCACGUCCACCUACUCGCUCUUCUCCGGCUACGCCCACCUCGGCUCGGGGCUGACGGUCGGGCUGAGCAACCUGGCGACCGGCCUGGCCAUGGGCAUGGCGGGCGAGAUUGGCGUGCAGGAUUCCGCGCGGCAGCCCAAGCUCUACAUUGGCAUGGUGCUCAUUUGGUCCUUUGGGUCCGCCCUCGGCCUCUACGGGCUGAUCGUCGCGCUCAUCAUCGCCGUCAAGGACGGCAGCGCGAUGUGCGGCUGCCUGCUCGGCGAGGAUGGCCAGGUCACCUGCACCGACCUGUGA